CAGGCUAAUGCACAAAAGCUUGCUGAAUUCUUGUCAUCUCACCCAAGAGUGAAGCAAGUUUACUAUGCAGGACUUCCUAAUCACCCGGGUCACACACUGCAUUAUUCUCAGGCAAAAGGUGCUGGUUCUGUUCUGAGCUUUUUGACCGGAUCACUAGCUCUCUCGAAGCACAUUGUCGAUACCGUGAAAUACUUCAGUACAACUGUCAGUUUUGGAAGUGUUAAGUCACUUAUAAGUUUGCCAUGCUUCAUGUCCCAUGCAAGCAUCCCCGCUUCAGUCCGUGAAUCUCGGGGACUGACUGAAGAUCUGGUUCGUAUCUCUGUGGGUAUCGAGGAUGCGGAAGAUCUCAUAGCGGAUCUGGAUUAUGCUAUUAGAUCAGGGCCUAUUUAAAAGCCGUAACUGUUAGUUAUUCUGUCAUGUCAUUGACGAUACCACAAUGGGCCCACAUUUUGUUUUCCUUUUUUUUUAAAAAUUUUUAUAAUUACUUUUUUCUGUGGUAAAGCUGUUUGUGAAUUAGAUUUGCUGAGGAAUAAUCAAUUUUCAUGUGUUAAUUUAGGCAAUCAUAUUUGCUUCUUUA